AGGAAUCGCUCCUGGUGUUGUAAUGCUUCAGUUAUAGUAUGAAGGCUGUGCACGGGGAUUUCCUCGCUUGCUUGUUUUGUAGGCGGGGAGUUGUUUGCGACUUUCACGAGCAGUGCGUGGAGAGACAGGAGACCCGGAGAGUCUCGGAAUGUCAAACACUGUGUAACUAAGGUUGUCUUUAUGAUCAUCACUUUGCAAAGACAUCGCCUGUCCUCGGUAACACAGCGCUUCUUCUCGCUGCUUUGUCAACUCAUGUGCUUUUUGCUGUUCAAACCUGCUGCUUCAUCACCCCGUUGUGAAGAGGAGCGAGCCGAGACAGCGGUUUAGCGAGAUCAGAACAAGCAGCAGUACAGGUGGACGCGGCUCUUGUGGCAUGACUACCACAAACAAGGGAAACAAGGCCUUGAAGGUGAAGCGGGAGCCAGGAGAAAAUGGCACCAGCUUGACCGAUGACGAGCUGGUGACCAUGUCAGUGCGGGAGCUGAACCAGCAUCUACGAGGGCUGACCAAGGAUGAGAUCCUCCAGCUGAAGCAGCGGCGGCGCACCCUCAAGAACCGGGGCUACGCUGCCAGCUGCCGAGUGAAGCGCGUCACCCAGAAAGAGGAGCUCGAGAAGCAGAAGGCUCAGCUGCAGCAGGAGGUGGACAAGCUGGCCACAGAGAACGCCAGCAUGAAGGUGGAGCUGGACGCUCUGCGUUCAAAGUACGAGGCCCUUCAGAGCUUCGCCAGGACUGUGACCCGUAAUCCCGUCACCUCAGCCAGGGGACCUAUGGCCUCUGUCAUAGGGCCCCUCAUCCCUGGUAAAGUAGCCGCCACCAGCGUCAUCACCAUCGUCAAAUCUAAAACGGAGGCUAGGUCGUAGUAGGAGAAAGGGAGAAGGGGAAGAUGUUCAAGACUUAACUGGUCAGUGCAUUGUAACAUGGAAACGGUUUACCCUUUGAAGUUCUCAGUUUUAACCCUUGUUACUAACACUAACAGUAUUCUUCUCAAAUUCACCCCUAAAGUAUGAUUCUGCAGUCUGUACCUGUCAACAGACACAUCGUGCUUAUGGGUGACACAAUCACACAAAAACAUUCAGAAGUUGGUCAUUUCAAGAACAGCAACAUUUUGGCAAUACUGAUACGUUUCAUUUAAAAAUCAGAUUGUGAUUACACAAUAAUUAAGAAGGCAAUAUCUGUGUUUAAGGUACAGUAUGUCAUGUAUCUGUUUCUUUAAGACUGAGCUCUUAAGUUUUUUCCGUCCUAAGAAUGGGCAUUCUUGAAGUCUUAGAGCUUAUCACAACCGGAAAGAUUACAAAUCUUAAAAUCAUGGAUGUCAUUCCUCUCCAGUUUGCCAUCUGAAACUGGAGAAAGAGCCAUCACAGACAGUACAUCACUAUAAACCCUUCCUUGUUAUCAUGCACUGACUUACAUUGGGAUGCAUAAGAAACUCGGUGUGGAUUCUCCAGAUGUCUUCAAAACAGCCUGACUAACCUAAAACCAGUUAAUCAAGCCCAAUUUGCAAUUUUUUUGUUGGUUGUCUGUCAAGAACAUAAGCUCGAAAUAAUGCUCCCGAAUCUGGCAUUGAUUUCUGUUUAUACGUUUGUGACAGGCUUUAAUGAACUUGUCAUAAUCAAUAUGACUGGUAGAUGCAAUAAUAUAUGUAUGCACUGAAAAUACAAAGAGGUCUUGCAUAUUUAUGGUAAAGUGGAGAAAAAAAAAAAAAAAAGGAUCAGCAGUUCAGAUAUCGUUCCAGAGCUGAGUGCCAUUCCAGUAUGACAAGAUUCUUCUACAAUAUCUGAAAACCUGAAUGUUAUAACAGUAAUAUCCUCGUGUUUUGUGGGGACAGUGAAAUCCACAAACAUUUUGAGACAUAACUUUUGCUCAUAGAGAAAAUAUGUUCAAGUUGUUUUGUUUAAAAGAUAUAUAUUGCAUUUUUUGUAAUUACUUGUUGACAGGGCCGUCAGAUAUUUCCAAAAGAAAAUCUUUACACAAGCUUUACUGUUUGAAUUGUUAAGGUGUAGAAACUUUGUCUAAUGUUGAGUUCUCGGUUUUUAUUACUAGGUAGAAUAACUUCCAUUGUUUAUAUAAAUACAGAAAAGGAAAACUAAAAAAAAAACUAAAAAAACCUGUGACAUCUUUUUUGCAAUUGUACCGACAGUGGCUUACUAUUGAAGUCUGAUAGCUUUUUUCUAGUGACUAGGCGCGUACUGUGGGGUAGCGCGUGCUGUGAUGUGUAAGUGACAAGUUGGCAGUGUUGUUCACUGUAUAGAUGUCAAUGCUGUGCUAUUUAAAACAAAUCUGUAGAGCUAAACUAGGUGGUGUAAACAAGGUCAAUUGUCUUUGUGCGUAUUGGCAUCUGUGAUAUCCUCCGCUUCCUUGGUGUUAGUUACGAAAUCAUACUGUCAUUCAAAGUUGACCACAUUGAGCCAUGUGAGACAGAAUCAGGGGGAAAUGACAUUAGUGAAAAUCAACUCUGAAGACUUUAACCUGAAGAUUAAAGCGAUAACUGGCAUUGCAGAAUCUGUGUAACAGAUGCACCAGGUGCUGGAUGCCCUCUAAAUACAGCCUCUGUGACCUGAGAGUAAAUGCCUUCAUACAGAGGUGAGACCCCCCCUACCCGACCCUCGGGUGUACCAUCAUGAGACCUUUUUUCAGAAGUAAUAUGUAUGGUCAUUGGAUCAACCAUGAUACUACAUUUCUAAACUUUAACUAGAUUCUAGUGAAAAUCAAACACUGUAGAGUCCUGUUUCGAUACCCUGCGAUUAAAAAAAACAAAAAACAAGUCUUAAUUUCUAGGUAUUUUUAAUUCACAAAAUGCAGGCGAACUCCCAGGCACUGUAGAAAUUACACAAAUACCAAACCUUUUUUUAAAAAGAACUACAUUUCAGAACUGUAAUUGUGGGAUUUCCACAGUACUCUCUCUCUUUUUCACUUGCAGAAGCUUUUGGUUAAAACUAUGCCUGAAGGUCUGCAGUUUUUUUUUUAAUGACUAUCGAUUAUUAAAAAAUGGAUAUAAUUUUUUAGAGGCGUGUAUCAAUACAUUUUGACAACUUUUUUUAGUCAAUAGUGAAAGGACAAAUACUCGAUUGAAUUGUGCAUUAAAUACACAAUGAUGUUUAUCAAUUUAAACAAUAAGCAUGUCAUGAAAGAUGCAGUUUUUCAUUCAAUUGUUGAUUCAAAGAUGCAGUUUUUCAUUCAAUUGUUGAAGUGUAAGACGAAGAAUUCAAACCCAAAAGUUGACCGUGUAGAGCCAGCCCUGCACGCUGCCUCCUAUUGGUUGGAGUUGUGUUUGUUUCACAGACUUUUAAUAUUUCCACCUCUUAAUAGGCGAGGGUGAGGGCCAUAUUGGUGAAGGUGAAGUAACAAAUGCCAGAG